CUCGGCAAAUCCGCCCCCCUAAUUCCGCGCCAAUCUUUAACCCCCGAUGAUAAACCUCGGAGGCCGGAGGAAUUGACUAUUUCCACUCAGAUCCCCGAAGAACACCACAAGUCGAUGCACACCCCCUUCCGUUUCCGUGGAGCAGCUCUGAGCUGGAAACUUUCCAAUUGGGCCUCUAAAACAAUCUAACCGUGAAGUUGAAGCCCCUCCUCAGUCCACCCUCCCCGGCCGGAGAAGACCCUGAUGCGGCUGCGGCUGCGGCCGGAGGCCUGAGUUUUGGUUGGAUAUGGGUGGAGUGACUUCGUCCGUGGCCUCCAAGAUGGCGUUCUUCCCUCCCGACCCGCCGUCUUACGGCGUGGCCAACGAGGAGGACGAGCCAGCGGCGGCGUCGGUGGAGGAUGCGUCGUCGCGUAAGGUGGCAACCAGGAGGGUGGUGAUGACGGGCGUGCGGUGGAGCGUGGGCGUGGAGGCGAGGCGGGUGCGGACGCGGCGGGGCUCGGAGAUCAUCGCCGUGUACGUCCGGCACCCCGGCGCCAGCCUCACCGUCCUCUUCUCCCACGGCAACGCCGCCGACCUCGGCAAGAUGUACGGGAUCUUCGUCGAGCUCAGCGCACGACUCCACGUCAACCUCAUGGGGUAUGAUUACUCUGGUUAUGGGCGGUCAUCAGGCAAGCCAAGUGAAGCUAAUACCUUUGCUGACAUAGAGGCUGCAUACAAGUGCCUUGUGGACGUUUAUGGAACUAGGGAAGAAGACAUUGUUCUGUAUGGUCAGUCUGUUGGCAGCGGACCAACCCUCGAUUUAGCUGUUCGUUUCCAUCGCGUAAGAGCUGUGGUUCUGCACAGUCCAAUCCUGUCUGGAUUGCGUGUCAUGUAUUCUGUGAAGAAAACAUACUGGUUUGACAUAUACAAGAACAUCGACAAAAUCCCGCAUGUUAAAUGCCCAGUUCUGGUUAUCCAUGGCACAAAAGAUGACGUCGUGGACUGCUCCCAUGGGAAGCGGCUCUAUGAGCUGUGCCAACACAAGUAUGAGCCUCUGUGGAUCGAGGGAGGCGACCAUGGCAACCUGGAGAAAUUCCCGGUGUACAUACGACAUCUGAAGAAGUUUUUAUCGACCAUAAAGAAGCUGCCAUCUGAAAAAGAUGCCGCAGCUGAGCAUGAGACAUGGGCAGCUGAAAACAGAGCGCAGCCUGACAGUGAAACCAUCUCCGAGACUCCUUCUCGCAUGAUCUCGCGAAGGCUAGAGCCGUCGAAGAAGAGCACGAUCCAUGAGGACCCUACGCUGAGCACGGAGCAUGUAGAUAAGCGCAGGCGAAGCACGGGCCACAGGGAGAAGGCGAGGUCCAGCACAGAUAGGAGAUCCAGGAGGAGCGUGGACUGCUUCGACAGCAUCCUCGAACAUGAGCAACAGGAAAAGCCAAGGAAAAGCUUUGAUAGGAUCGGAGAGAAGAUUAGAGCCAUGGGUCUGUGCAAUGUCGACUGCUUCAAAGAGCCUCCAGACAGCGCUGAGCUCAGCCGAGGUCGAUGAAUGGAGUGUUGCUGUCAGUACGUGUCAGUAUUUUUCCCUUGUUGCUUAGAUAUAAAAGAAGACUCUGCGUGAUGGGAAUGUUAAUCAUAAGAUGCUCACGAACAGUAAAGAGAAAUAUAGCACGAUCGAUCUUUAUGUCAGCGUCUGAUUCUUUCACACUUGUGUAUACGUUACGUUGCUUGAAGACUUGUAAACACACACACUACACAGCGCUGUGAUGUGUCCGGAUAGAGACUGCUCGGUCUGUUAUCAGCAA